AUGGGAGGCUUUGUAAUGGAUGCCAUUGGUUUCGGAGAGGCACCACCAAACAUUUCUGGUCUGGAAAUCAAAGAGCAGCAGGCAGCUAUGGAAUGGGCGAAUUCAAUCAGAGAAUGGGUUGAAGAGGCAUUUCAAUGGAUGUUUCCGCUGGGUGGUGAGAGAUCAUGGUACUCUUAUGUCUUUACUGGAGCUGCAGCUGCCGCUGCUGCCACUGGUUGGUGGCUACUUUCCCAUGUCGGAAGCUUCUCUCACCUACUUACAAUUCUCUACGGGGGGAUUGUGGUGGGUAUGACUGUACCUCUGAUUUAUGUGAAGUAUGACUAUAUAUGGGAGUAUGUGUGUCUUUUGAUGAAUCAGUGCAGAAGGUUUUAUGAAUUAAUUGACGAGAAAGCAUCAAGGAAAAUGAAGAACAAGAUGGCAGGAGAGAAGAAAGAGAAGAAAAUUGAGUAG